AUGAGCGUACCCCUGUACACAUACCCCUGCUUGACAUCAACAGCCACGGAGGACCUCCUACUUCUCGGUAUCUCCUCAGCCGCCGAAGGAACCCUUAACGUCCACAAACUCGACCUCUCUAACCUCAAUUCCCCCGUUGCAACCCUCUACGCUACACAAAGUUUCCCUACGGAUUGGACGAGUAAAAGUCCCACUGCCUGUUUUCCUUACUCAGGCAACCCAGCCUCAAUCGCCUUCUUUGCACAGUUCGGCUCACUCUCUCGAUUCACCAACAUCAGAGCCAACGGCAAUAUCGAACCUCCCAUCUACUACCGUGAUGUCGCUUUCGUCUCGCCAAAGCUGUACUACACGUCCCAGUAUCCUUCAGCACUUCCAAGUGUGACUGUGGGGACUUUUUCACCAGGAGGCUUAACAGGAUACAGUGUUGUCUUUGACAAGGCUGGCGCAGGCACAAUCUUCAGCACCCAACUCAACACGAACUCGGUUCUCGGAGACCCCAAUGGUAGCCUUAUCACCCUGGCCAAGGCUCAGGACGUGGACAUGAGUGGAAUUAAGUUGACGGACGCUGCGAUCCCAGUGACCAUGAGCAACGUCGGAUAUCUCUUGGACAAGGCGUCCGAUGGAACGACAGUCAUCUACUCCAUCAACCCGAGCCAAUCCCCAAAACUCCAGGCCCUCUCCAUCACAAGCGACGUCCCUACCUUCUCCACCGUCCAGUCAGCAGCCGUAUUGGGAUCAAAAAUCAUCAUCUACAGCACCUCUAACACCAGCGACGUCUUCAUCAACAGCUUCGACACCACCGGAGGAACUUGGACAGGUCCUAAUUUGAUCAAGGCUGCUAAACCUCCAAGCCCUACUUCGUCUAGCAACAACGGCGGCGAUGAUAACGGCGGCACAAAGUCUCCCCUAGGCGCUAUCAUUGGAGGAGUUGUCGGUGGACUGGUCGUUAUUGCCCUGAUCGUUUUCUUCGUUGUUCGCAAACGUCGCAAUGGAUAUAAGCCAGCGGCUGUCAGCCCUCCUACGAACAGCGAUUAUCAGGAUCCUGGUAAAAUCGAGGAUGCAACUACUCCUCCAGCUCUUCCUCUCAUGCAGCAAGUUUACCCCAAUCAACAACAGCAGCAGGCAUAUUAUCAGCAACAGAGUCAGCACCUCCUAUCUACCUCUCACCACCAAAUGCCCCAGCCCAACCCAUCAGACUACCAUAACCAACAGCAACAGCAACCAUACACCUACACACCACCAACACUCUUCUCCCAGGAACAGCCCCUAACCACAGCCCCCAUCAUCUUUCAACCUCAAUCGACCUCAGGAAGCAGCCCAACCUACACUCAGGCUGCGUACUCUUCUUCCAGCCAGCCCUCUAAUCCUCAAUCGACCUCAGGAAGCAGCCCAACCUACACUUAG